AUGUCAGAGCAGGAACACCCAGAUGAGGUUACACACAAAGAACUGGAGCUUCUUAGAACUCCCUCAAUAGAGGACACAAUUGGAGACUCUGAAAGCAAUAUAUAUGUUGAUAUGACAUGGAAUACCGUAGAUAAGAUUCUGGAGACGUCCCCUGUAACUUUAGCUGCCAUGUUGAAUAUUAUGCUGGAGUCUGGGGACUCCAGAAGUUCUGUCUGUUGGGUGUACAGAGAACUGCAGUUCCUCCUUGCUUUGGCUGAAGGUUUGAAGAUGGGUGUGAUUGAGUGGCCUGAGCCUUUGGAGCCUGAAUCAGCUGUUGAACUGGUCUAGGAAUUUCUGACUGAUUUGAAGAGGAAGAUGGAUGGAUAUUGUAUAUCUGGAAACAGGAAUGCAACAGAGAAAAUCAAAUCUGACACUGCUGCAGUGGACAAUUCAAUAACAUCAAUUUUCAGUGAGCGAGACCUGGAUUUUGCUGAACAAUUGUGGUGCAGAAUGAGAAGCAUCAGUUCCUAUCAGGAGCUGGUAGGGUGUUUGACACUGAUCAUAAAAUCCUUGGCACAUGGUGAUAUACAGCCAUGGAUUCAUCAAGGCAGUAGCAGUUUGCUGAGUAAAUUGGUUCAACAGUCUUACCAUGGAAAGAUUGUUUCCCUCAGUGGCAUCACUCCAGUUCAAAUGCUUUUGGAGGUUGGUUUGGAUAAGAUGAAGAAGGAUUAUGUCAGUUUUUUCACAGGCUAGGAACUUGCAACAUACUACUUGGAUUACUUGAUUUCCACAUCAGUUGAUCUACAAGAACAAGUUCAUCGUGUUCAGAAGCUUCACCAUAUGCUGGAAAUAAUGGUCAGCUCUACAGUCUUCCUUCAUCUUAAACAUGAGACCCUCUUCCUCUUGACACAAAUUUGCAUGAAGUAUCAUAAGGAAAACCCUCUGAAUGAGAACAUGCUGCCCAUCAGACCAGCACUCGUCAAGAAUUUCUGUCAAAAUGGUCACCCAGAAAUAUGGAAGGUGGACAUAAGCAGUGGGCAAGGUCCGAAGGAGGUUAAAACAACCUGGCAAGUUAGUACUAAUUCUCCAGUUGAACAUAUGACGUCAAAAAAUACAGGUCUCUUUUCAGAUUCCACAGUUAACAGAAGCCAUGAAGAAGGAAUGUAUUUUAUUACACUGGCCCAAUGCAGUCAGGUGCAUUUCAUCUAGCUGUGUGUUAGUCUCCAGGCAGGCACUAGACAGGUACAGUAAAGGGGAAAGAUCAGUUUUAUCUGUGUCCCAACAGUACAUCUAGAAACACUGUGGUUUGAAGGAACACUUGAUGUCUGACUCUUCCCUUCUCCCAUAUACAUUAUUUGAAAAAUGCCCCUACAUCCUUAACGAAACAGAUCCCCAAAUAGAUCCCUCAUCUCUGAAAAAAAUACCUUCAUCUUUGCUUUCAGCAGUUAGAGAGCAUAGGUAUUGAUCCUUUCUGGCAAAGGUAACUGGCAUCUACAGUCCGUAGCAUAAAAUGGAUGAUGUGAGCAGCAACUUCUUUGCAGUUAGCUUUCCUCAGGCCCCAUAAUUUUAGCAGCUGGGAUUUGCUGCCUUUAUUUGUAACUUUAUUAUAGCAACUAAGGCACUGUAAUGUGUGUUUCAUAAUCAUGUUAAAAUAUAUUGCUUUCUAAAGAAUCCCUUACAACAAACAAAAGUGGCUGUAAGCUUAAUGUCUUGUGCAAGGGGCUUUGUCCAGUGAAGAGCUGUUCCCAUUAGAGGAACAGAGAGAACCAAAACAUCCAGAAGACUAUCCAUCUCAGCUACAGGAGAACUGCUGCAAAUUACUGGUCCUAGGAGAGGAUAGUAGAGUUAUCCUAUUUGCAAAUGAGUAGUACUACAUCUACAUUUUCAAAAUAUGGUAGAAUUGAACAGGUUUUUUUCUGUUACUCUUACUUCUAUACUAGCUAGCCAUCAACUAGAAUCAUAUGGGAAAAGCAGCAGCUUUUUUCUUUUCUUUUUUUCCUCCCCACCCGAAGCAAGGAUCAUAUGGUGGUAAUCCUUUAAGUGGUAAUGGUGCACAGACUCUAGAAAGAAAACUAGCAUUUUUAUUUUUUUCAUUUGAGGGAGUAAUAAGAAAUCUGGCAACUGGCCCUUUGGCUUAGUUUCUCAUGGCCUGCAGUCACAUCAUUGUCUAGUUUAUAUUGGGAAAAAAAAAAACAAGCUGGGUGUUAAUUUUUGGGCUGCUAAAGAAGCCUCUAGGUAAAGACGAAAGCUGCAUUGCUACUUUACAGGGCUGUUUGAUUUUUUUUUUUUUCUUUUAAAUUAUGCUGCUCAGAGAUUACAUAGGCAAUAGCUUGGGUUAGCUGGAUGGAGAAUCAAAUAGGAACAAAUAGGAACAAAUGCAGGUGUCAUCCCUUAACAUCUCAGCUACAGUUGGAAAUUUUGAAGAAAGCUGUCUAGCUUACCUGCUUCUGUAGGUGAUCCAGAGUGGAUCAAGUGAUGCAGUAAGUCACAUGCAAUCCCUUAAGAACUGAAUGUGCUAGAGCAAGGUGAGGAGGCUAUAUAGCUUGGUCAUCCUUCACUCACACCUGCUUCCUCUUACAAGAGCCAAGUUGUUACACCUGUCCAUUUGCCUACUGGGAAAUCCUGCUCGUCUGGAUUGGGAGGGACAUCUGCAAGUACUUGUUGACCUGCUUCCCCCCUUCAAUUCCAUAGAUAGUUAAUAAAUGAUAGUUAUUCUUACACCACAUUCCAUAUUCAUUUCCAGCACUGCACCUGGAAGAGGAAAGAUAAAUCAGAUAUAUAAACCCACUACAGUUAUGCAGCAUCUGUUUCUGUAAUCAUCCCAACAGCAGGGCCAAAGUCAAAGUGGUCCUGCAUGAAUCUGUUGGGAACGAGCGUAGCAGCUCCAGAAUUGUUGGUGUAAACACCUUCCUCUAGCAUGACAUCAGACCAGGAUAAACUUAAGAGCCACUUUUUUUUUUUUGUAUAAUGUAGGACAAAUUCUUCCAUUGCCAGUUUUAUAAUGGGAUACAGGCUACUCCAGGUUCAAAAUAGAUUUGCUAACAAUGGUUGGAUACUGUGUGGCUAAGUGUAACUGAGCACUAAGAAUAAACCAGCAGACUAGACAAGAAAUAAAAGCUUAUCCAUGAUACAUGGCUAUUAAGCAUCCAAGUACUUCUGCUGCAGCUUCAUCACUUGCUGUGGGGAACCAGCACCACUAAUUUCCUCAAACUGCUAAUGAUGAAUAAUCUACUCUGAAAAGGGAGAAAUUCCUUGGUCUUCCACAGUCAGCUAAUUGGAACAAAUACAGGGUGGAAUAAAUGAGCAAAUAUUUCCUUGUCAAGCUGGCAGGAAAACAUACAAAAUAAGGAGUGCCACCCCCCGGACUGACUGCAAAUCACCUUGCUUUCUCACUCAAGGCUGUGCUGAAACUGAUUUUUCUCUGCUGCAGUUUCUGUUGUUUCCACUGGGGAAGUCUGUUGCUCUGCAUCAGAUUAAGAUGGCCUGACACCUCUGUAUUUUGAUGUCAAGCAAGAAAGGCAUUUUGACCUUGCAAUUAGAGGAUCCUAGCUUUUCUUUUUGCUAGCAUCUCCAGACUGGUGUUUUCCUAAUUUUAUUCACAGUCUAGCACAACUUCUUUGGAGUCCCUUCCGCUUCACUGGGAGUUAAUUGAGAAUGGAAAUAAUUUAAUUGCUCAAUCAAAUAACAACUGACCGUCCCCAAAUGUUCUGCAUGUGCCUAAGUGAUUUAGUAAGGUCAUGCUCCAGUAGUUUAAAACAUAUGAAAAUAACCUGUGAAAACAGACUCAAAUUCUUAUAGGUAGAAACUAAUAAAUAGGGCCAGGCCCCUGGCUUGUUGAAUUGCUUCUUUAGAUCUUCUGUCUUGAGCUAACCUGUUUCCUCUUUCCCUGUUUUUUUAGACCUGCCCAGCCAGUUUGUAGAAGCAGCUGUGUCAGUACUGAUAUAUUGAAAAAGAAUUGUUUUGCAAGGAGCUAGCUCAGGUGUUUUUAUGUCCUUGACAUAGCUAAUUUGUAACUGGAUGAGCUGCCAUGAAUAACCAAGGAGAUGGCUCCAGAUGAGCUGAUACCGUUUGUUCAUUCCUGUGGGAAAUGAGUUUAUCUUUCUGGCAUAUGUCAU